AUGGCAGCGAUGACGUCUUCCACCUCGUCCGAAGGUGGGCUCCGUUUCUUCUCGGGGGAUUCCGAGGAUGGCCGUGAGUAUAAACGCUGGAAGCAAUGGGUGAAGAAUAAACUGCUGACGCUUGACAAGUUGGCGGAGGGCUCCAGAGGGGCCUACAUAUACACCCUUCUCUCUGGCAAGGCCUUGGAGGCCGUGGAACAUUUAGAUCCCGAAAGCUAUCAGAAGAAGGGCGGAGAUGAUGCCCUAUGGGCCAUUUUAGACAAGCGAUUCCCUCAGCAGGAGACAGUGGAUGAGCUGGGGGAGAUCCUGACCGAGAUCUUUGGCCUUCGCUCGCAUGAAGGCGAAUCCAUGAGACAAUGGACCGCCAGGGCAUCCGAGCUGAUGGACAAAUGUCACCGCAAAACUGGAGUCUCAUUUCCGGAUGAGGCCAGGGGAUGGCUGCUACUCCAUCGAGCUGCUUUGUCGGAAGAGCAAAAGGCGGUGGUGAUCGCCAGAGCUCGAGGUGACUUGAAGCGAGAAUCCAUCGCCUCCGCACUUCGAUCCUGCUACCCAGAGCUGGUCAUGACUCGCAAGCGUGCUGGAGUGGCAAUUGCCGAGGAACAAGAUGGUGGCGAUGACACUGCUGAGAUAUGGGAUGAUGGUUUUUCCGACAUUGAGCAGUUGUUGGAAGAUCACCAUGCUGGUGUCGAGGCGGGACCCGACACCGAGACCUUCCAGGAGUCCGAAGAACUGGAUUUUGUAGCUUCAGUGAUGGCGACGCCUACGUUGCUGGAGCGAGUUCGCAAGCAUGUGAAUGACAAGAGUCAGCCUGAUGUCCCAGCCACCACAGAGGAGAUCCUGCUUGUGUCGUCCCCAGGCUAUGGUGUCCUGGAUUCCGGCUGUGGUCGGACCAUUGUUGGACAGACCACUCUCCGUGCCUUUGAGAAGAUUUGGAAACAGAAGGGAUGGGCAAUCCCGAAGCCCAUCGAUGAAGUGCAUCAAUUCAAGUUCGGAAAUGGUGAAGUGGAGACAUCCAUGGUCUCCAUUCAGAUGCCUGUCGUCUUGGCUCAUCGCCGAGGCGUGAUUCGUGCUGCAGUGAUCAAGGGUGAUGCUCCAUUGUUGUUGAGCCGCACAGCACUCAAGACACUGGGUGCGACUCUGGACUUUGCACAUGACAGCCUCCAGGUGUUUGGAAAGACAAUUCCCCUCCAAACCAACAGUGCUGGACAGUAUGUAGUGCAAUUGACUGGGGAGGAUUCCGUGUGUUCGCCCGCAGCCGCUUUUACAGAAGUGAUGGCAUCUGUGGAGGCCUCUCCAGGUCCCACGGCAUCUCAUGAGCAUGUUGAUGAGCCGCAGCUUGAGCCGGAAAUGCCUGUGGCAAACGCCCCCGAGUUGAUCUCGCCGACAGCACCUGACACGGCGAUUUGGGAGCAGGAGGACUGUGAUGUCGUCACCACCCCAUGGUUGUCUCGCCAAGGGCCAGCAUGGAAGCAUGUGUUUCGUAGGAGCACCGUUGAACAAGAGCUCACGACAGAGAAGCCACGUCUUCUGGUGUUGUGCCCGCCGUGCACUGACGAAGGACAUGAAGCCCCAUGGACCCCCGCCGCAUGGCGAAGCUACCGCUUACAGAGGGCGGUGAGCAGCACGCUGGCCGCAGAAGGCCAAGCUAUGUCAGUCGCCUCAGGAACUGCAGAGUGGAUCUUGUUGCUUUUGGCUGAGACCAUAGACGGCCCCCUGCAGAUUCGCGAUCGCAUUUUGGAACGAUCCAUCGAAGUGCCUGCUUCUCAGCGGUUUCCUCCCAGCCUCACCAUGGCUGGUACCAGUCAGCGUUUGUCCUCAGCAGUUGAUGAGUUGCUGCAGAGGGUCCGAGAUGAAGGAUCCAUGGACUCCCUCCUGAAGGAGCUGGGGUAUGAGUUAGGUGAGUUCGAGCUUGUUCGUGAAUCCGAAGGUCAAGGAAGUAUGACGGAUGCUUCCAAGAGGCGCAUGGUUGAUGAAGCCUCACCACUACCACAGAGGCCUAUGGUUCGAGCAGCCAAAACUCGUGCCUCGUCAAAGUUGCCGUCCGGAGUGAGCAGCAUGGAAGAGUGGGGCCGUACACUGGUAACGGCCGGAAAGUUCGAGAAGCACGAGAUUUCGCACUCAGAGCUGGCAUCAUCGAGUGAGACUUCUAAGGUCAAGUACGUUCAGUGGAUGAUCAAUCAGAGUGACCGCAGUGACCUCUCACCAGUGGUCCAGGACAUGGCCAAUUAUUUUGUGGCCAAUGCCCGCGAGAAGGAGGGACACGGCCCAUGCAUCCCCGGUGACAACCAUGUCGAGGCCACACUCUACACACCAGGCAGCGGGACCUCCACCGAAUUCCACCGACACCUCGACAGGGUGAGCACGAGGAGCACUCGCGCCUCAGGUACCCCCCUCUCGUUACGAGCCACCGGAGCUGGAACAACAAAUGCUGCAGGCUGCCGUGGCAUUUCUGGGUGCAUUUUCUUGGGAGCUGUCUUGGGAGCUGCCUCCAUCCUGGCAUAUGUCCGCUCCGUUGAGGUGCAGAUCGAGACCCAGGCACCCUAUCGAAGAGCAGUGAUCACCAACUGCAAGCGGGUUGCCCAGACCUUGUGGCCCCGCAGCUCCCUGGAGCUCUAUGGCUCCUACGCCAGUGGCCUUGGCCUUCGGACCAGCGGCCUGGAUCUGCUCCUCAAGGUGCACCCGUCUUUCCAUGGCUUUGCAACCUCCGAGACGCCAGAGGAGCAGUCGCGGCAGCUGGGCCGUGUGUUUCGUCCAGCGGUGAAACCACCCAUGGAGCCCAACCGGCUGCCGGGGUCUGGGGUCGGUGACGUCCGGGCGGACAUGCGGAAGAAGCGACAGAAGCGACCACGUAUACCUUCCAAAGAAUGGAAGUUCAUGUUCAAUCGCCCAUGGCUUUCUGACCACUCCACCACUCCCGACGAAGCCAUCGAGGCAGCCUUGUCGCCCAUCGAGGAGGACGAUGAGCAGCUUCGACAGUUGAAGUUGGAGGAAGUCUCGCCAGCCCAUUCAGCACGCUCGGUGCGGCCGCUGCAAGGAUGGCAGCAGCAGCUUUCGGACCGCUUGGCCAAGGAGAAAUGGGUGGUCAGCGACUCCAUUCGCGUCGCCGCGCAUGCCGCCAUUCCGGUGCUCUCCUUCGCCGCGGCGCCCGAGGUGAAGCGGGUCAGUCCGGAGAACGAACUGUCCUUCAUGGCCUGCCAGGGUCCCCGGUGCUGUAAGCGCCUGGUCCCGAAGGAGCUGGUUUUUGGUCCAGGCUCCACCCGCGUGGACAUUUGCCUCCAUGACUCUGGCUAUCGUGGCUUGCGGAGUAAGGCACUCAUCAACUUCUUGCUGAAUCGCUUCCCUUUGGCCAGGCCGGUAACCUUGGUGCUAAAGCAAUGGCUUAUCGAGCAAGCCUAUUCCAUGUCUCACAGUGGAGGCCUUUGCUCGUAUGGUUUGCUCCUGAUGGUCAUUGCCUUCCUACAGUACAGCCCGGCCAACACGGCAGCUGCGGCUCUACGGCGUCAGUGUGGCUCGGAGCGCCUUUCUCCCGCGGAAGAGCCCGACGAGCUGGCCUCCACAGCAGGUGACAAUGAAGAGGCUCAUCGCUUUGAUCCUCUCUUAGUCGCUUGGCCAUCCGCUUUGCGCACCUGGGGCAGUGUGACUGGGGAAAUGUUGCAGGUUGAGGAUCCGGUGAACCCCACCAACAACGUUGGGCGCAAUUGCUUUCGGAUCCGUCAGAUUCAACGGUCCCUGGCGCGCGCGGCGGACCUCAUCAGCGGUGAAGUGCGGACCUCGUCGGUGAAGCCGUGUGGCAACGACUUGAUCGCUCCAUGCUUGUGCAAAGGUACCACAAAGUGGGUUCAUCGAAAAUGCCUGGACCAAUGGCGUGCUAAUGGGCAGGGCAGAAGGACCUUUACACAUUGCCCCAACUGCCAGUUUGCCUACCUCAUGCAGCUGGUCCGCGCUCCCACGGAGCACGAGCAGCACCUCCGCGAGCGGCGCCGGAAGUUGCUGCGCCACGCCGUGGGGACCUUCGUUCUGGGAGCCUUGCUAAUCCAACUCCUGCUCAUCCUAGUGGCCAUAGUCAUCAGGGCGUUGGAUCCGGAGGAAGGUCUGGUGGACAUGAUGCCCUUCUUCCAACCGAAGCUCCCAGACGAACGUGGCUUUUGGAUGGCCUUCCGCUAUCACAAAUCCACCUAUUACUUCGCCUCGGUCAUCUUUUGCCUCGCCGUCACAGGUCUUUCGGCCGCUAGGCGGUUCAGGUUGAUGUCGGUUCAGCAUGCUAACAGGACAGCACAAAUCUGGGAUGUGGCUCCGUGA